CUUAGGCCACCCUCUAACCACACACUUGGCUUCCAGCCCUGGUGGCGCCUCAAGGCGCGUGGGUGUUUCUGGCAUGUUGACAGACAGCCUCUUGCCCUACCUAGCUGGAUCUGUGACUCCAGCUUUCACAGGCCUGCCAGGGUGUGAGGUGUUCUUCUCAACCCCCAAAUCUGGGACUGUUGUCAGGGUUUAUGGAGUUGGUUUAGAGACAUAGGACCUUGGAUAGCCUGAGUAGCUGCUGCUUUCCUCUGUGAUGGGUAGGUGUUGGAGAAACAGUAGGAGAUGUCAGAGCAGGCUAGAGCUGGUCUUUUUUGAUUUAUCAGCCUGUAUUUGGGCCAACUAGUUUUUGGAGGGGUGGAGACAAGAAUGAGAGGCUGGCCGUGGGCACAGUUGUCCCUCUCAUUGUAGUGUUGAAGCUUUUCUCGGGGGCUGCUAGAGACUUUUGCCAUGAUCCUAAGUUAGUGGAAGUGCCUUAGCAUAUGCCCUGUCUCCCUUGCCUUCUUGGGUCUCAGGAAUGGGAGCCAGUUCUGGAACUGACUCCAUGGAAGGGGUGGUUCCCAAUUGUAGUCCAGCCCCUUCCUGGUCCAGGGCCUCAAAUACCUGGGGUGCUUUGAAAUCAUAGGUCCAAGACUCCAGUUCAUCUUGGGCCACAUUAGGCCCUCAGUCUGCAGUGAAUCUCACUUGACUUGGGACCCUUGCGUUUUUGACAGCACCUUCUUAUUCACAGCCCAGGUAAGUCUAGGGGUCUGGCUGAGCUAGAGGCUGAUGGGAAUAGAAUCCUCUCAUCCUUGCAACGACAGACCAUGUACCCCCGAGAAACAUGGAAUGUGUCGAGAUGCAGGCCAAUCCUGGGUGCCAGAUGGAGUUGGCAGCAUCUGUGCUAUGGCCUGGUAUGGGUUGGUGUUACUCUGGGACAUUCCUGUCUCCAGGCUUUCUGCUUUGCCAUCAUGGGUUGGCCCUGGGCCCCGCUGACAGUACUUUGGGCACUGGGUGCCAUGGGGGCCACGGCACUGCGCAUUGGAGCCUUCAACAUUCAGAGCUUUGGUGACCACAAAGUGUCAGAUCCAGACUGUGGCAGUGUCAUAGCACAGAUCCUGGCUGGCUAUGACAUCGUCCUGGUGCAGGAGGUGCGAGACCCAGACCUAAGUGCAGUGUCCUUGCUCAUGGAACAAAUUAACAGCAUGUCCAAGCAUGAGUACGGUUUUGUGAGCAGCAGGCCACUUGGACGGGACCAAUACAAGGAAAUGUAUCUGUUUGUCUACAGGAAAGACGCAGUGUCAGUGGUCAGCACGUACCAGUAUCCAGAUCCAGAGGAUGCCUUCAGCCGGGAGCCGUUUGUGGUCAAAUUCUCAGCUCCCAGCUGUGGUGAGAUUGAUGUUCCCCUCCCUCCCAGACCUACCUCCUCCAGGCCGGCCUUGACUCUACUCUCCCCGUCUCCCACAGCUGCGAAGGAGCUAGUGCUGAUCCCCCUGCAUGCAGCACCACACCAGGCAGUGGCGGAGAUUGAUGCCCUCUACGACGUAUACCUUGAUCUGAUUGACAAGUGGGGCACAGAUGACAUGCUGUUUCUGGGUGACUUUAAUGCUGAUUGCAAGUAUGUGAAGGCGCAUGACUGGGCAUCAAUCCGCCUGCGCAGCAGUGAGGUGUUUAAGUGGCUCAUCCCAGACAGUGCAGACACCACAGUGGGCAACUCGGACUGUGCCUAUGACCGGAUUGUACUGAGUGGUGCCCACCUGCGCAGGAGCCUGAAGCCCCAGUCAGCCUCAGUUCACAACUUUCAGGAGGAAUUUGACCUAGAUCAGAGCCAGGCUCUUGCCAUCAGCGACCAUUUUCCUGUGGAAGUGACCUUCAAGCCUCACUGACAGCUGUGGAUAUGCCGCCUGCAGACCCUCACCAGGGCCAGCUGGUGUGGACAGUGGCUGUGGACACAUUACAGGAUGACGUAGAGCCCCCGUUUCCACAUCUGUAAGGUGGGCUAACCUCACCUACCUCAUGGGGCUGUUGUGAAGAGCCAUGAAAGGAAGCACAGCAGCGUCGAGCACAUGGCUGCAUGUUUAAUAAACAAGCCGCUACUGGCCAGGACACCCACAGGUCGGAGGAGGUCUCUAUGCUUUCUGAGACCUCUGUCCCUAUGCUGUAAACUUGGGUCUUAAUGCCCAGGGGGUCUGUUUCCAUUUCAGGGAACUGGAUGGCUUAACUUGUCCACUUCACAGCCUGGAGGAAACUGCCCACCUCUAGAACAUGCUAGCUUCCUGUCCUCAAUUGCUCUGUGCAAACCUCAAACGUUUCCAUGAAUCGCCACAUGCAGCUCGGGUGCUAAUAUUGUUCUGGACCCUGUGGAUUUCAGAGCAGGCCCACGGUCAUUCUGCCCUCGGGCAUCCUAGGACCCUCACCUGAAGCAGAGGCUGUGUUCUCAUCCAGCACUGCAGGAGGCAAGGGAGGCUCCCCACUGAGCUUCCUGGCACCUUCUGAGAAGGAGCCCCACACAGCAAAGGCAACUGGUUGGCACUAGGGUCCUGUCCAGCCUGGACCCUGGCUUGGGUUAAGUCCUUCAAAGGUACCUUAUGGAGUUUCUCCCUUAAAAAUCUUUUGCUGGGCAAGACCUUGGGAGAGUGGUGGUUUCAUGCAUAGGUGGGCCAUCACUGUAGUGGCGGGAAAUGGUUCUGUUGACACAGGCUCUCAUGAGGUUUCUGGUUGUUAAAACUUCUUUAUGUGUGUGUGUUCUGUGUGUGUCUACAGAGAAACCCAAGGUCAAUAAACACAGAUCAUCUUUAGUGGAUUAGAGAAUAGGUGUGAAUCACAUGGGAAAAAACAAACAAAAAAACCUUGUGAUGGAUUAGAAGAACUUGCUUUUGUUUGUUUGGCAUUUCUGGGAAUUGAACCAAGGACCUAGUGAACUCAGUCAAGUCUCAUUCUCAGCCUACAAGUCUGAUCUUGCAAAACCUACUGUAAGAUUCAGGACCUGGCCACCGAAUAGGCAGUAGUGGCGCGCAUGCAGCCCACUAGGUGGAGCGCUGGCCCAGCAUGCGUGAUGCCCUGGAUUGAUCCCAGCAACAUGACCAGCAGCAACACCGCACAUCGGCAUCUCAGCACUCAGGCGGUGGGGCAGGAAAGUCGGGGCUUAAGGCAAUCCCCAACUAUAUGUUUGAAAGGCACCCUGGGCUGCAAGAGACCUUAUCUGGAGCAGGAAUGGCGGUUUGGUCAGGGAGGAGAGCAAUGCUUUAGUCACCAUUCUCCACAUUCCUGUUCCUCAGGUUCCUGAUCGCUGUCUACUCUUUCUAAAUGAAAAAGUAUGUGGCCAGAAGGCUUUUUCUGGAGGUCCUGGUGGGUAACUAGAGACAGCGACUGUCUGCCUUUAAAGGUUCUAACCAGACAGGCAGGGAAGGCCAGGGAUGGGCUCAGGUGCCACCCUGAGGAUGUGGUUCACAGUUCUGCUUUAGGAAGGAAGACAUGCUGUGAGCCCUUACAAGGUUCAGAGUGGCUUGUGUGCUCACCAAGCAGAAAGGUGCUGUGGUUACAGCUGUAGGGCACUAGGCUUCAAGAACAGCUGCUUUGGGUGUGUGUACACUUACAUAAGCCAGAGGUCAAGGAGGUAUCUACCUUGUUUUAAGACAAGGUGACUCCCUGGCACUCACUAGUUAUGCUAGGCUGGCUGGCCAGAGAAUCCCAGGGAUCUGCAUUUUCUGCCUGCCCAGUACUGGGUUUUCAGAUGUGUCCACCAUGCCUUGCUUUUCAAGCCCUCAGGGCAGCACAGUAAGCACUUUACUGACAGACCUCUCUACCCCAGCUGGCAGGACAGUUAGUGUAUAUAAAAUGUGUGUGUGUGUUGUAUAUGUAUAUUUAGCGUAUAGGUGUUAUGUGUGCGUGCGUGUGUGUUGUGUAUGUAUAUAUAAAACGUGUAUGGGUGUUUUGCCUGCAUGUGUGUAUGUGCAUGUAUAUUUGCAUGAAGUGCCCUCAGAGGCCAGAGGGGGCAUUGGAUCCCCUGGAACUGGAGUUACAGAGGGUUAUUAGCUGCCAUGUGGGUGCUGGGAAUUGAACCUGGGUCCUCUGCAAGAGCAGCCAGUACCCUUAGUGUAGCCACUGAGCCACCUCUCCAUCUUGAAGAGGACAUAAUAAGGUCAGGAAAAAAAGAGCCAAGAGAGUUUUUAAGUUGAAAAAUACCUUGUUUUAUAACCCUUGGACCAGAAAGCAUGUGUAACUAAAAACUGCAUGUUUGCCUUGUUUUAGCUCUUCUUUUGCUUGAGCUUUUCCAAGUA